AUGCAUCACGGCAAACAUUACCGACGUUUAAAUCGUACAUCAUCACACAGACAAGCUCUACUUCGUAACCUGGUCUCUUCACUUAUCGAACAUGGUCGAAUUGAAACAACCAUUGCCAAAGCUAAAACCAUUCAACCCAUUGCUGAAGCCAUGAUCACCCUAGGCAAAAAAGGAGAUGCCGAAGCCAAAAAGAAAGCUAUUGCCUUUUUAAAUUCAAGAGAUAUCACAUUGCCUAAAUUAUUCGAUGAAUAUGCAAAGCGUUUUGCCAAUAGACAAGGUGGUUAUACUCGCAUUCAGAGAAUCGGUAGCAGAACGGGCGAUAAAGCGCCUAUGGCUGUUAUUGAAUAUAUCGAUGGACCUACAGACCUUAAAAAGGAAACAGUGACCAAUGUCCUAGCACGAGCUUUUCGAGACCGCACUACAGCAACCGGAUCAUCAUCAUCAUCGAUACCGUCAGUAAAACAACUAUUGGAAAAUGAAAAGGCUAUAGAAGAAUUAGGCUUACCCAAAAAGGUGAUACGUGAUUUGAAAAAGGUCCAAUUUUCAAAUUCUGUAGCUAUCAUUGAUAAAGUGAUUCAGGAAAAGAUGGCCAACUUGAAAGUUUAA